AUGGAAACCACUGACUCUCUCGGCGUUGCCCCCUCCCCCUUCUUCCCCCCCAACAACAACCCCACCCCCCACUUCUCCACCCCCGAGGAGCUGGAGCGGCACAAGCUCCCGGGGAAGCCGCCUGCACUCGCGUCGGAGGCGGUGGCGGCGGCUCCGGCAGCGCCCAGGGCUGUGCCCCGCUGGACCCAGAUGUCCCGGGAAGCCGACAGCCCGGCUGCCCGCCGGAGCUCACAGGCGGCGGCGGCGGCGGCGGCGGCGACGGCGGCAGCGGCGGCGGCGGCAGCGGCGGUGGCGGCGGCGGUGGCGCUUGGCAGAAGCAGUUUCCCUCCCGGGAGACGGAUAUUGGAGUGACACUUCUGGUUAAUUUUCCCUUGGAUGAAGAACAGAAUCCAAGCUUCAAAACUCAAACUCAUUUUCCUUUGUGGUGGAUGUGAUUGGAGCCUGGAAAAGGCUGGAGAAGAGAGAUUAGGAGUGAGUGACUCAAGUAUUCACCAGCAUUCCAUGGAGUGGAGUUAGGAGGUCUCCUUGUGACAGUGUAAAACACUCUACUUUCUCUCCCCCAGGAUCUAGUUUUUCCUCUCAACCUGUGCUGUCCUCCACCCUCCAGAAGUUUGUCAUCUGUCUACGAAAGAAAACACAUUGUUUCACAGUCUUUCUGCAAAACCUCAGCAGUUGGGAAGUUUGGCCAGUUUCAGCUGAAAACAUUCUUAAACUUUCAAGUCUAGACAAUAUCUAGAAUUAGACUAUUAAAGGUACUGCCUAAAAGGAAAUCUCGCUUUGAUGGAAAUAAGAACAGCUCAUUGGUUGUCUGAGUUGAGUUGAUUCUGAAAUCAUGUGUGACUGCAACCUGGAGCGUAGUAGGCUCUUAAACAAUGCUCCUUUCUGUUUGAUGUGCUUUAGGGGGCUGGCACUAGUUUGUUUUCUUAGGAAGAUUAAAUGUUCCAGAGCAAUUUUGUCACUGCUGUGAAUUAACUAAAGAAAAUAAUUUUUCAGUAACGAGUUCAAAGGCUAACUUCUAGCCCAGCCCUCCCGAGAUGGUAGGUUCCAAUUAGGGAUGUUUUAUUGUGCUGUUCUCUGUUCCAUCAGUCUCCUCUCUCCUCUUGCAAAUCACCUAUUUUUGUUUGAAAACCAACCCAGAUCACUCAGCCUUUUAUUUAGGUUGGCUAGAUUGGACUGAACAGAAAAGAAAGUCCCUUGGGGAUGAAAAACAAACCAUGUUAGACAAUAGUUUGGGUAACCUGUUUAUAGACUGUCCAUGGGGUGAAGACCAGGGAGAAAAACACAAAGGAGAAAGAACUCGCCAUCGAUCACCACCCUCCAUGACUGUUGUAGUCUAGUUAAGGGGGAUAUGACAAGCACAUGAAAAAAAACAUUUAAAAAGCGUGGGAAAAAAUCUAUUCCCUUACCAGUGUAGACUAGUGUUUCACAACCUUUGAAGAACCCAUGCCCACUUUUGAGAAAUAUUACAGUUCCAUGCUAUGCUCCGAAUGCUGUUCAAAAUUUUGUAAUACAUUAUGAUGACC